UUCUAGAGAACAGAAAUGGAGAGUUUGGAACGUAAACAGUAAUGAAGUUUCGGAUUUGUCAUUUGUUAUGAACUCCAAUUUGCUCUGCUCUUAAAGUUUAUUGAUUAAGGCGUCUCUUGUUAGCUUAAAUUUGUUUCAUCUGAACUUUAUUAUUAAAAUUCACAAUGCCUAUGUAUGAAACUCUUGCUGUUGCUGAAAAACAUUCUGUCAUUCUAGACAUUGGAACCGCUUACACUAAGAUUGGAUUUGCUAGAGAAACUGGACCAAGGUAUAUAAUUCCUUCUGAAGUGAAACAUCCACAGAAUCGCAAUGUUGUUAAAGUUUGGGAGUAUGAGUCAGAUAAGGAAUUGUUCAUUAUUUUAAAAGAAUUUCUGCACACUCUAUAUUUUCGCUAUUUAUGUGUGAAUCCAAAAGAUAGGCGUGUUGUUAUUGUUGAAUCUGUUCUAUGCCCUACUAUUUUUAGAAACACUCUUGCAGAGGUUCUGUUCAUUCACUUUGAGAUUCCAUCUCUUGUAUAUGUUCCAUCCCAUUUGAUGGCACUAUUUACUCUGGGAAUUUCUUCAGCUUUAGUAAUGGACGUUGGCUAUAGUGAAACAUCUGUACUUCCUAUUUAUGCUGGAGUUCCUAUACUGAACACUUGUGAAAGUCUUCUUGUUGGAGGGAAAUUAAUUCACAAGAGAAUUAAAGAAGAAUUGGAGAAAAAAGGUCUUGUAAAAUGUGAAAACUCUGAAGAAACAAGACUAACUGAUCCACUAGAGGAAUCAGUUGUUGAAGAUAUCAAAGUGAGAACUUGCUUUGUAACUCCCCGCUCUAGAGGUUUAAUUCUACAAGCUCAUGAAAAUAGAAACCGAACGAAAGGUGGCACUGCUUCUCCUGAUCCUGGGUUGGAAGUGCUUAAUCCUCCACCUGAUGUUAAAUAUCCUCUAAGUAGUGAUAAAAUGAUGACCGUACCUGGAACUUUAAGAGAAUGGGCUGCUGAACUCUUAUUUGAACCAGAUGAUGAUGAUAAAUCAAUAGCUACAUUGAUUUUGGAUUGUCUAUUAAGAUGCCCUAUAGAUACUCGUAAAGAACUAGCGAAUAAUGUGAUAAUAAUGGGUGGAACAUCCAUGCUCCCUGGCUUCAAACAUUCCUUGCUGACAGAAGUCAAAAUGCUAUUUGAUGAUCCUAAAUAUUCAUCUCGAUUACCUCUCAAAGAAAUCAAGCUUCACACUCCUCCAGCAAAAGAAAAUUAUGUUGCAUGGCUUGGAGCUUCUGCAUUUGGUGCAACUGAAGCAGUACCAUCAAGAUCUAUAACAAAAGAUCAGUAUCGUCAAAAUAAAUAUAUACCAGAUUGGUGUGAUAAAAAAUGGGCUGAAGAUUCUGAAAAAUCACUUGUUUAAAAAAAGUCAUGUUUGAGAUGAAGAAAUUUCUCGUGUCCCGAGUGCUGACUCUCUAUAUUACUUAAAUUGUUUGAUAGCCUAUAAUUUUGUUCUUAAUGCUUGUAAUUUAUUUAUCUAAUAAACACUUUUUUAUAUAUUCUA